UUUUAACGURAUUAGUAUUCAAAAUGAUUCACACUUUUCCAUGGACUGUUUCUGAUCUCCAUCAUGAUACCCAGUGGAGUUAGGUAGAAAAACAGCAUCCUUCUUUAAUUGGAAAACAUGUACAAGUCGUAAACGCCAUUUUGCACGACUGACAUCACUUCAAAACAACAUCGAAUUUUGAGAAUUUGGUUUUUACAAGCGAUGUUCUCGCGAUGACUGAACGUCGUAAUCUUUGUGCUUGUACUCGUCGUGAUCGUUACACACUUAGCUGACUAGAAAUACGACUACGGGRAAUUUAAAGCUUGCUUCGAAAUGUCUUCAAAUAGCAAAGGAGAUGACUCUUCAGUGAGGGUCGCGCUAAGAAUUCGCCCUCAAAGUGCUGCUGAACAGAUUGAAAUGUGUCGAGUUUGUACCACUGUUACUCCUGGCCAUCCACAAGUCAUUCUCGGCAAAGACAAGGCUUUUACCUUUGACUACGUUUUUGAAUUCAAGUCAAAGCAAGAACAAAUCUAUAAUAACUGUGUUAAGGAACURGUAGAUGGUUGUCUUGAUGGAUAUAAUGCCACUGUACUAGCAUACGGACAGACUGGAUCUGGCAAGACCUAUACUAUGGGUACUGGAUUUGAUGUUAAUAUUAACCCUGAUGAAGAAGGCAUCAUUCCUAGAGCCGUUGGACAUCUAUUUAGUGCCAUUGAUAGGCGGAAAGAGGAAGCCAAACAGAGAAAUGAGCCACAGCCUGAUUUUAAAGUCACUGUGCAGUUUAUGGAGGUUAGUGUAUGUAAACAAAGAAUGGGAUAUAAUGUUAAGAUCCAUGAGGAUACYAAUGGCAAUAUCUACUGUAUGGGAGUAACACUAAAGUCUGUUAAAUCAGGACUAGAUACGUUAAACUGCUUACAACAAGGUGCUUUGUCAAGAACCACAGCCAGUACAAACAUGAACACACAUUCUUCAAGAUCACAUGCUAUUUUUACACUACAUGUCAAGCAGCAACGUGUCGUCAAGACAUCAGAAAAUGUAACACAAGGGACUAACAACUAUGAAUACGAAAUGCUGACGGCAAAGUUUAACUUUGUGGACUUAGCGGGAUCUGAAAGAUUAAAACGCACUGGUGCUACAGGAGAUAGAGCGAAAGAAGGAAUAUCGAUUAAUUGCGGAUUACUUGCUUUAGGUAAUGUUAUAAGUGCUUUAGGAGAUAUAACCAAGAAAGGUACACAUGUACCAUAUAGAGACUCCAAGCUAACACGACUAUUACAGGACUCACUGGGCGGUAAUAGUCAAACUCUCAUGAUAGCAUGUAUAUCACCGUCUGAUAGAGACUUCAUGGAGACACUUAACACUUUGAAAUAUGCCAACCGAGCAAGAAAUAUUAAGAACAAGGUUUCUGUGAAUCAAGACAAGGCUAGUAAACAGAUUUCAUUGCUCAGAUCUGAGAUCCAGAAGCUCACCAUGGAGUUGGUAGAGUUUCGACAGGGAAAGCGAGUCUCUAAUUGCGAAGGAGAGACUGAUGUUGCCGUGGAAAAUAACUUAUUAAAAUCYGAAAACGAAAAAUUAAAGAUACGUAUAAAAGCGCUAUCAUCAACGGUUGAAACACAGUCAUCAAGAAUAACAGACUUAAUGUCAGCACAGGCGAUGGCAGGCUUAGAAGGAGUUAAAGUCGAUGGGGGUGUUGAGAAUUUGAUUCAAAAUUAUUUAGGAGAAAUAGAAGAAUUGAGGAAUAAGUUAACUCAGAGUGAAGUCAUGGCAGCUUCCAUCACCAGAAACCAUGCCCUAAAGUCCAGGCUAAACUACCAUUCAAUGCCUCAAGACUCCUCUAUAUCAGUCAUUCAGAUGGCAAAGAGUGACCUUGCCAAACAGAAGCAAAGAGCUCAGGUUGUUAUGCGUAAAAACCCUUUAUCGCAGGUCAAAUGUGUCAAACCAGUUAAGCCACGAAAUAGUUAUGAUAAUAGUUAUAAUACUGGUGCAAUAACCCGGCCGAAAUCAACAAGGUCGGCACUUAUACAAGAUAAUAAUGGUAGAGUUAAAUUAGUGUCGCCAAAGCUACCAUGGAAUAAUAUCAAUAUUCCCUCUAAGAUUGACACAGGUCGGAAAGGAGUACAAAGGUCAAAGUCAAGCUGUGGAUCAGAGUCUAGGUACAGGGCUCGUAAUAGAGCUCCUAAUGUACCWGCAUCAUUGCCRAAGGCACCUGUACCUGAUUCAAAUAAUGUAGUUAAACGUAGACAACCCAAGGGAAUUGUGGGAUGGGGACAUCCAGUSAAGGAUCAACCAAUCAAAGAUCACUCAUCUCUAGGUUCACCAACAUCACCCACRCAGCAUACUACAACGAUACAGGGCACUACGGUCGUAUUACGACGUAAGCCUAAAACAACUAGUAUGUAUGGUACAAUWAAUGAGCGUAACUCUGCUAGUUUAAAGCGCAGAUCACGUAGUGUAGAUUCCUUCCUAGAUACUAGUGCUAGYGAAGACUAUGACCUAAGUCCUACACAAUGCUUCAAAUGUCAAAAAGACCUGAGCAAGGUUUCUUCAUGCAGUCUUCGUUCAAGUAAGAUAUCAGACUACAGCUCUAUGAGUGAUUUUAAUUGCUCAGAACAUAGUAUUGCCGAGAAAGAUGAAAACAACAACACUACCAAGGAYACACGCACACCUGCMAUGAAACUGAAGUUGAAGUCAAGUUUACGUCAUUUGCGAAGUCCUAUGCAAGAUAUCAUGUCUGAUACUGAGUUUUACUCACAGAGAAACUACGAAAGUGAUGCUGCAACAGAUGGAGAGUAUAAUGCAUCUGAUACAGAGUUCUACCGCACCAGAAAAGCCAAGGAACGAAGAAACCUUUGUCUAGACUCUCCUAUGCCUGCACUAAUGCAGAAAGAYGAAGAAGUGACUGCAAAGAGYAUUGAACUUAGRAARGCACAGCUUCAACAAGACCUUGACUCGUUGCUGGACUCCAUGGCGUAUGUUCUAAGUAGUGCACAAGAGCUGGAACAGACAGGACAAGAACAAGACCCUUCGUAYAACAAUCCYUCGGGYCUCUUUAGGCCGAUCUUUGAAGUCAAGAUAAAACUAAAGAAGAAAACAAGUCUCACAGGAAAUGAUGAAGAAGAAAAGACAGAAGAAAAUAGUAGUGGUGAACUUACCUCUGGAGAUGAAGAGGAUGAUGAUGAGGAUGAGGAGGAAGCAGGCAGUAAUGGAGAUGAUAGUGAAAAGGAAGAUGAAGACAGCGAAAUCAAAGACAGUGCUAAUGAUGACUCAUCAUCGGAUGAAAAGGAAUCAGAAUCAGAAGGAAAAAUAGCCGAGGAAUUGGCAGAACUGAGCACUGAAAUCGAAAUCAAAGAAAAACUAGUAGAAGAACUUGAACUGAGCCAGCAAAGAAUGCAAACUAUGAAGACACAAUAUGAAGAAAAACUUCUACUGUUGACWAAUAAGAUACGAGAAACUGAAGACGAAAGGGACCAUGUAUUGAARAACAUCAAAGAACAUGAUAGUGAUGCRUCMAAGAAAGUCAAACAACUCAAGGAAGAAUAUGAAAAGAAACUUGGCAACUUGAAAACUGAACUGAAAAAACUACAAGCUGCAAAGAAGAACCAUGCUCAGUUAUUGAGAGAUAAGGCUCGUAAUGAACAGCAACUUCGUGUGUACACAAAUGAACUCAACGACAUGAAGAAAGUAAAAGCUAAACUCAUGAAACAGAUGAAAGAUGAAGUAGCCAAGAACAAACAGCAAGAAAUGGCAAGAAAUAAAGAAAUUGCACAGCUUAAAAAGGUUUCUCGUCAACGUGAGAUCGCCAUUAAGAAUCUACAGUCAGAAAAACGACAGAAAGAAGCGAUAUUGAAGAGGAAAGCAGAUGAGAUCAAAGCACUACGAAGGCAGCAAAAKCCAGURUCAGGYCCUCUUGGAGCAAGAAAGAACCAAGUAACAAGCACACAAUCCAUGAAUGGGACUGAGGUCCWAGAAGAUAUGGAGCCAGCACCAUCAGGAUAUGGUACCUAUGGCUAUCGAGGCUCCUCUGUUUACAGUARACCUUACGGUGGUCCUCCUAGACURGCACAGGCUGCUAGAGACAAAAGAAAGAGAUUAACGAUUGAACAAUCUGUGAAGAUGGCUAAGAAGAAGUGGGAUAAUAUCGAGAGGAAGGUUGGCGCCCUUAUCAUUCAAAGGCAGACUAUCUCUAACCUAGAAAAAGAUAUGGACAGAUGGAUUAAGAACAGAGACGAUCUCAGCAAACAGCUUGAAGAAUGUAAGAAUAAAUACGAAACGGCUGUUAAUGAAAAGAAAGAUGAUAGCACCUUACAAGAAAUAAAAGAUCAGCUAGAGGCACAUACCCUACAUAUGGAUUAUAUACAGGAAAAUAUUGACAACUGUCAAUCAUGUAUUAUAGAAWUGGAGGAUCCAGGAACUUCUACCACAGAGCUCAAUGAAAUCAUCUCAUCUUGUAUGUUACACGAGGCACGAGCWCUGCUGGGCCAUUUCCUGAAYAACACAAUAUCAAUAUGUCAAAUUGUAUCAUCCAAAGAAGCAUCYAUUAAAGAACUCGAAGGUCUUCUUGAAAUAACCAAAGAACACAACACUAUACAGCAGACGUURCUAAGCCAUGUCUUAGCACAAGGAAAAUCACUCAGCGCRGAGAACUUAACAAAUAUUACUGACCCCACUACCCUKAGUAAUGUGAACGAACUGUUGAGAAUGUCGACUGGAAGUCUGCAGUCACUGACAGAGGAUGGUAACAUCUCUAGUGGAAGCGGGAGUGGUCCCAGUAAUAAGAGAGAUAAGGCUCGUCGACGCACGGGGUCUCGUCAGGAUUUCCUAUAUCCAGACCGUAUUAAAACAAAAAAGACCCCAUCUCUCAGCUCCCUCAAAGACGAAGAAGAUCAGAAUGGACCCCUGGCUCCCACGGGAGCUACAGAUUUUGGUCCUUCAAAACAAAUAUCACCAGAACUUAUGCAAAAACUUCUAGAACUCGAAAAGGCACGUAAAGACGCUAACGGCAAUAGCAGGCCCCUAAAUGGUAGUGUUACAUCGUCCCAAUCCAUUGCCCAAGAGGGGGAUAGUAAGGCUUUAGUUUCAUCGUACCCAAACCUCCCGGCAUCUCUUGUUCGAGGAAAUCUGCGUUCGAAGUCAGCUCGAAGUUUUCAGAACAGUAAAUAUGGAUCUGCGCCCGCGAUGUCACAACCACGAUCUCAGCCUGCUUCACCUACUCCGUCAAGGAAAAACUCUGAGAUCGAGAACGACGAAAACACGACGAAAAAUAACUCUGAAAAUGUGUUUUCUCGUUUGACCAGUAACUUGGGACAAGACUCCGACCCGGACGUUGGUCGUAUGCUUCCUCUUCGUCCUCCAUCUGGUAAACCAGCAGCCUUGGUUUGUACGUACGCCGCUACUGGUCAUAAUAGUGCUGUACUGACUCUAGAUGUUACUGAAGACUAUAUGUUCACAGGAUCAAAAGAUAAGACGGUCAAGGUAUGGGAUCUGAAUACAGGAGAGGAAAUCAUGUCAUUAUCAGGUCAUAAACGAGACGUCAUGGUCGUACGGUACUGUCGCCUUACCAAAGCAUUGUAUAGUGUAUCACAGAAUCUUAUCAAGAUCUGGGAUUUACGACAAGAGUCUGCUAAAUGCAUCAAAACACUAUCCCCUCAGUCCAAUUCAUCGAUUAGUGGUUUUAUAUCGGGUAUUACAUCAGACACUCAUAUUAACGACCUUAGAAUAAGCUCUGGUGCAACAUCUCUCUAUGCAGCUAUGGGGAAUACAGUCAGGAUAUGGGACUUAAAGACGUAUUCUAUGACAGGUAAACUAGGUGGUCAUACUGCUCCUAUUAUGAAUGUCAUUGAGAGAAGACGAGACGACGAUACGUUAAUAUUCACAGGAUCAAGGGAUCAUUUUGUUAAGAUAUAUGAACUUAGUGAAGGCAAUGCUGGUGUCCAGUACCCAAAGUACAAGCUAGAGCCACCUCACUAUGAUGGAGUACARUGUCURAGUAUACGAGGCACUKCAUUGUUUAGUGGGUCACGUGAUAACAGCAUUAAGAAAUGGGACUACACCACACAUCAACUACAACAGCAUUUGAUAGGAGCCCAUACAGACUGGAUCUGUGCUCUUGAUUUCUUACCAAAAACCAAUGUAUUGUUGAGUGGUUGUCGUCGUGGUGCCUUGAAGCUUUGGCAGGCUGAUGCAUGUCAACAGUUGUGUGAAGUCAAAGCACACAGGCAUCCCAUCAAUGCUAUCGCAACCAAUUCAUCUUUUGUCUUUACUGCGUCAAGUGAUCGACUGGUUCGACUUUGGCGCGUGACAAGUACGUUGGAUGAACAACUCGAAGAACUUCGACGGGCUGGGCCUGUGUGACUGUAACGCAAUCCGACGUCACGCCUUCUUUUACAUGAUGAUAUACCAUCRAUGCUCAUUACAUUUGAUAACAAUAUUUCUCUCAAAAAAAUUCCAUAAAAUACGUUACAGCACAUAAUAGAUUGCUUGACAGCAAACAGAACAUAUUACGUGACAAAACAUCAUAUAAUCCAAAUACUACAAUUUUCAAUUUMAAUCAAUUUAAUCAUAAUUUAUUAAUUCUUGGUUCGAUAAAUAUUUUUGGAGCUUUUGCAGCUCAAAUUAUGUGGUGCGAUAAAACAAAACAACAAAAACAACAACAAAACAAAAACCGUUCAGUGGGCCUCUCGUCUACAAUUGAAAUAUAAUAUUUAACAAAAAUCGAUUAAAAUCAUGGUUAUAUAUUUAUAGUAAUAGUAAUUAUCAUCAAAAUACCUUGGAUUCAUUAAAUGAAACUCGCUUGUUUUGAAAAAAUAACAAAACUUGUGAAUAGAUCGCCUACUAGAGUGUUAAAAAUACAGAUAAAAGUACAUCGUCGUUUUCUAAGUUUCGUAAAACUUUUGGCUUUAUCUACCAUAUUUGUAUUUACAUUAUUAUACUGAAAAAAAUAAACUCAUUUGAUACUGUU